GUCGCAGGGAUUGGGGUUGCGCCGCUCAUCUACCACAGAUAAAACCUCCCCAGGUUAUCUUCGCCACGAAGGCAGCACGCGACCUCCCUCUCUCUCUCGUUUCCUCUCCCACAUAUCCCUCCGUCCCCGCCGCCACGAGCAUCUCCAGCGGGAUAGGAACUGGCUCCGCUCUCACAUGGAGCCACACCAACGUCGUCGUCUCGAGGGGGGAGUGGGUGGGAGGAGAAGACGGCGGCGACGGCGGCGGUUUCGAUCUGUGAUGUGCCUCGAUGCGGGAGGGCGCCGCCGCCGGCGAGUGCUCCCCUCGAAGAGGCAAGGAGCGCUGCCCUUGGUCCACGCGAUGACGGCUGCAAACUGCGCCUCCACCAGUGUAUGCGCGACUGUGCGUGCUCUCUCCUAGGUGGUCGUGGGUCUCGCACUCGGACAGUUCAUCCCGCUGCUUAUGACUUCCAUCAGAUUCUCCGCCGAGCUUGCCUGCCGAGAUGCCAGCACUGCUUGUUUGUAUAAAUGCUCAAGAAGACUGCUCAGAGGAGGACAAUUUGUGUGUCUGUGAGGGAUGGGGAAACAGACAAUGCGAGCACUACCUGUUUGUAUAAAUGGUGAAGGAGAAAAGUGUUCGGAGAAGGACAUGUGUGUGUGUGUGUGUGUGUGUGUGUGUGAGAGAGAGAGAGAGAGAGAGAGAGAGAGAGAGAGAGAGGGGGCGGGAGUAAGAGGUGAAGAGCAAGGAGAACCACAUGUUGUCCCUUUGUCAUCGACACCAUCCCGCCGUUACAGGCUUGUCCCGAUGGCCUUUUUGUUGAUGCAGAUCAGAGUUGCCAUAAUGGAAUAUGGAUGGAUUGUGUUUAAUGGAAGUACGUGGUUCAGCCUCUACUGUCCAACAUGAAUUGACAAUAAUUGACACAAACCAGUGCGCGUUUACUCUAAACGAUAACAACAUUCUUGCAAGCUUGAUCCCCAUCAUCAAUCGAAUACUCUUGUGUAGGUGUCGCCAGAGUGGUGUAAGGUGGUGUUGUUAUGGAACUUUGCAGCUGCUCCUAAUCGAUUCAACCUCCAUCUGAAUAUUUUAGUUCAUCUAUGCUUUUGAAUUUUUUCUACAGAAUAGUGGGAUUAUAGUUAUUCCCAAACGCCUUGUGAAGAGUAUUCUUAAUUGUAUUCGUUGUUGCUUCGGGUGCUUGUCGAUAUGUCUUAUGUGUAUUCACCUAUAGCUUGAUAUCCUACGAGAGGAGGACAUUUAUACAUGUUUCUCAAUAAUUUUCACUAAACUAUCCAUGCUGUCAUAAGAAAAUGUUAACAAAUACGACAACAUGAUUAGCGCGCACAGUUCCGUCUCUCCCAGCCACUAGUAUUCAAAACAAGUCGCAGUCAAAGCGUUCCGCUGUCCUCCGGCCGCUGCGCUGCCGUCGCCUUGUCCUUUCCCAGCCCCAACCCCCAGGCACCAGUAGCCUCGGCAGGAUGGCUAGCCCGCAGUGCUGCGCGGACCCGGCGACGCUCAAUCCCGCCGGCGGGGAGGGCAGGGUCGUCGACAGCCUCGGCGGGAUCGCGGCGUACGUCGCCGGCGUCCGAGAGUCCAAGGCCGCCGUCGUCCUCAUCUCCGACAUCUUCGGGUUUGAAGCGCCGAUUCUGAGCUAUACGAAGAUAGCCGAUAAAGUUGCUUCAUCGGGAUAUUUUGUUGUGGUGCCAGAUUUCUUACAUGGGGAUCCAUUUGUACCUGAAAACGCUGACAGACCAAUACAAGUGUGGAUCAAGGAACAUGCCACGGGAAAAGCAUUUGAAGAGGCAAAACCUGUUAUUGCUGCUCUAAAAGAACAAGGAGUGUCUACUGUCGGGGCUGCAGGUUAUUGCUGGGGUGCAAAGGUAGUUGCAGAGUUAGCGAAAGCUAAUGAGAUCCAGGCAGCUGUUAUGUUGCACCCUUCUGCUGUUACUGUUGACGAUAUCAAAGAGGUGAAAUGCCCCAUCGCUGUACUUGGAGCUGAAAAUGACAAAACAUCCCCACCAGAAUUGGUCAAACAGUUCGAGCAGGUUCUAUCUUCUAACACAGGGAUUGCUCACUUUGUCAAGAUUUUCCCUGGGGUUUCUCAUGGAUGGGCUGUGAGAUACAAAAGUGAAGAUGCAGGCGCUGUGAAGAGCGCCGAGGAAGCCCUGUCAGACAUGAUUGACUGGUUUAACAAGAACCUAAAGUGAACCUGAAUUAGCGGUCCUUUUUUCGUAAUAAGCCAGUGUCACUCUUCACCAGUCAUCUAUGCAAACAUCCAGGGUUUAUGCUAUUGUCCUAGCUAUAGGGCCUGUAUCAAUGGUCGUGCAGGUGUUUGUGUAUACAUUGUGUGCUUGCUCAUAGCGGUCUCUGCUUGUACUGAACACAUUACUAUAAUAUUAUUGCACUGAAAUAAAAUGCGAUAUUUGUAGUUUU